AUGGAUUUCGACCUGGUUUGUACCCUUGUAAGCACGUCCAGUCUCGUUGACGAGCUCACCACGAUCAAAUGGAAACGUCAGCAGGAAGCGGUUGUUGAGAUGUCCGAGACGGGUCUUGUGGUCGUAGCAGAGGAGCUUAAUUGCCUGCACGCACGUGCUUUUUUCAGGAAAGAGCUCUUCAUGGACUACGUUUAUCGACCAGACGGCCUGAUAAUCAACUCCUGCUCAAGCGUCUUCAGGCUUUCGGAUCCAUCCAAUAGCAACAGCAGCAUUGGAGCGGAGAUUCGUACUCUGCUUCCUGAUAUGAACCCGCCUGAAUGGGCGCUGGAUGUUGACACAUCGACUCCACAAAACGCACCUGUCAGCUUUGCAAUUCGGUCUAGCGUUCUUAAGGAGUUGAUUGAAGAUUUGGAAUGGCCUGGUGCCAGUGUUCGAAUUUCCAUCAGCCCUCAGCCAGCAGGAGUGACGUUUUUGGCACAAGGCCAUGGUGACUUACAGGUUGACCUCCUUGUUGGGCGGUGCAACAACCUCUUUGUUGACUUCAAAUGUCACCGUCCCAUUUCAUUCUUGUAUCGCUACAAGCAUCUCAGUGCAGCAACUGCUAGCAUUCCUGCUGCUGUUUUGAAGGAAAACCAUGCGAGCAAACUGACAAUCGACCGUCAUGGCCUCUUGAGAGUGCAGCAUGUUGUGAACAUGCGAGCCACUGGGCCUGGUGGAAGAAAUGCUAAUGAUGCCCCAGAUGGAUUCGAUUCACAUUGGCUGACGUGGCUCCACCAGGCAGCAUCUCAUCAAAGCGUGGCUGUUAUUGGCUCCCGCAACGCUGGCACAUUGUCACGUCAACGUCAUCUCCCCAACAAAGUCCGCCCUGCUGGUCAGAUUUCACACACUCCACUCGUACACUUUCAACUCCCUCCACACCUCAUUCUGCCCUGCAUUUCCAGGGCUGAGGGUUUCUCUUUCCGCAUUUCCCUGCCAUCAACUUCGUUGACCAGAGCGAUCUGUUGCAUCCCUCCUUCCUCCAUGGCGACUGCGACUGCUCGCUCGUUGGUCUGCGCGCAUUUCACCGCCGCGCAACUCUCCCCUGCAGAGGGAGAGUCGUCCUCUCUGAAGGCUUUCGCCAAGUCCGUGAAGUCCAACGGCCUCUCUGCGGUCCCUCACAGCCGCAAGUCUGUCGCUAACCGUCGCAGGACCUGUGCGAAUGGGAGCAGCAGUCGCAGAAGACAGCCAGUGAUGGCGGCAGCGGGCGACGGUGCGACGAAGAAGUGUCGUAUCACGCUGCUGCCGGGCGACGGCAUCGGCCCCGAGAUCAUGGCAGUGGCUGUGAAGCUGCUCAAGUCUCUCGGCGAACUGGAAGGCAUCACCUUCGAGUUCAAGGAGGCGCUGGUCGGAGGUGCGGCGAUCGACGAAUUCGGCGUGCCUCUGCCCGAGUCAACUCUCGCCACGUGCCGCGACAGCGACGCCGUUCUGCUCGCUGCCAUUGGAGGGUACAAGUGGGACACCCUGCCCGCAGAUCUUCGCCCUGAGCGCGGGCUGCUGGGACUGCGCGCGGGGCUCGGCGCUUUCGCAAAUCUGCGCCCCGCCACCGUCUUCCCCCAGUUGAUCGAUGCGUCGUCGUUGAAGCGCGAGGUGGUGGAGGGGGUAGACAUCAUGGUGGUGCGCGAACUGACGGGCGGAAUCUACUUUGGAGAGCCCAAGGGAUUCGGACAUGAUGCAGAGGGCAACAGGACAGGCUUCAACACCAUGAUCUACUCUGUUCCUGAGAUCGACCGUAUUGCACGGGUGGGGUUUGAGGCGGCGCGCAAGCGCAGCGGGCGGCUGUGCUCGGUGGAGAAGUCGAAUGUGCUGGAGGUGUCGCAGCUGUGGCGCGAGCGUGUCACCGCCAUCGGGGCGGAGGAGUACCCAGAUGUGGAGCUGUCGCACAUGUAUGUGGACAACGCCGCCAUGCAGCUCAUCCGCAACCCACGCCAGUUUGACACCAUCGUCACGGGCAACAUCUUUGGGGAUAUCCUGUCAGACGAGGCGUCCAUGCUGACGGGAUCCAUUGGCAUGCUGCCCUCCGCCAGCAUUGGCUCUGAUGGCCCAGGCAUCUAUGAGCCAGUGCAUGGGUCGGCACCGGACAUUGCAGGGCAGGACAAGGCGAACCCGAUGGCCCAGGUGCUCUCUGCUGCCAUGAUGUUGCGUUAUGGGCUCAACCUGCCACGUGGCGCUGAUCUAUUGGAGGCUGCUGUCAUGAGUACCCUGGAGGCGGGGUACAGGACUGGCGACAUUGCAUCUCCUGGCACUGAAGUGGUGGGGUGCAGCAAGAUGAGUGAAGUGCUUUUUGAGAAGUUGUAUGAGGCUCAUGCCAAGCUCAGCUAG